AUGGUGAAAGUGCUUUUGACUGUCCAGGAACUGAUAGCGGAUGACAGGCAUGACGUUGUCACUACAGUCCGAUCUAAGGCAAAGGGAGAUAAGAUCCUCGAGGCUUAUUCAAACACCCUGAAGGAGAAGCUCUCCUAUGUCAUCGUUGAAGAUGUUGCCCAAGAUGGUGCUUUUGACCAGGCUGUGAGGACUGACCCGCCAUGUGAAUGUGUGAUCCACACAGCCUCGCCAUUCCAUUUCAAAGUCAAGGACCCAGUGAAGGAUAUUCUUGACCCGGCGGUCAAGGGUACCAGCGGGAUUCUCAAGUCAAUCAAGGCAUAUGCGCCAACCGUGAAGCGUGUGGUUGUAACUUCAUCAUUCUCUGCUAUGUUCGGUCUCAACGCGCAUCCCAAAGUUUAUGACGAGACUUCGUGGAACCCGGUCACCUGGGAGGGCGCAGUGAAGAAUCCACGUCUGACGUAUCAUGGCAGUAAAACCUUUGCAGAGAAAGCAGCUUGGGAUUUCGUGGAGAAGGAGAAGCCGAACUUUGAUGUGGUUACUAUAAACCCCCCUCUCGUGUUCGGCCCAGUUACACAUUAUGUUAGCAGUCUCGACGGUCUCAACACGUCGAACGAGAGAGUUCGAGAUAUCAUUCAAGGAAACUUUUUGGACAAGGCUUUGCCACACACUGGCAUAUACCUCUGGGCGGAUGUUCGCGACGUCGCUCUUGCUCAUAUACGAGCGAUCGAAGUACCAGAGGCUGGCGGCAACCGAUUCUUGGUCACAGCAGGGCAUUUCUCGAACAAGAUAGUGGUGGAUAUGAUUCGUGAAAGCCACCCUGAACUUUCGUCCAAGCUUCCGGAGAACCCGACAGAUGAUAUACCUGCAGACAUCUAUGGCUACGACAGCUCGAAGGCCAGUCGAAUCUUAGGCAUCACUUUUCGAUCUCUGAAGGACAGCAUUGGGGACACUGUCACUUCACUUGUGAAGCUGGGUGCUUAG